AAGAACUCAGCUUGUGACAUUUCAUUCAUGACAUCAGACAUGAUACAUCUACUAUUUUAGUGGUCCUCAUUAGAAGGGCUCCCCUAUAUAUAAUUAUAAAUGUAAAACUACCUAAUAUUCUUUUGGAUAAUGGAAUUGCCUGUAUCUUGUUAUCCUAUCUGUUUUCAUCAAUAAGUUAAAAAGUCCCAGUAAGCAAGGCCGGCCAUUCAAGACUUAAGAAGUAAUCACGGUUAAAUCUGUAGAAUAUUAUAAGUGAGGAUGAUGGACUUUCCAAGUACUAUAAAGAAAAUUACGGAAGCAAUCAUGGGGCCUUGACAUUAUCAUUUAAUAUGUUAAUAAUGGACCAAGAUUUUUCUAUCACAAGUUGCCUAGUUAAUUAAGACAAAACUAUGUUUCCCUUCGUACACUACAUGACCUGCAAUCAUUUGUCUGGGAUCAAAUAUCAUUUGCUUCUCGCAUUGUAAAGACAACACCAAACAUAUUCUCUUCAUUUGGUCAACACUCUACACACAUUAAUAUCAUAUUCGGAUAUCAACGUACAAAAGAUAUACAGAUUUUCUGGUGACAAGAUUUUAAACAUGACAGAUGCAUCUUCCUCUGUUUCUUAAGCUCGUUAAGGAUCAAGAGGUGUUGUUUAAGUACAUUGACAGAAGGAAGAGGAGUUGAAGAAAGCAUAGAUGGCUCCUUGUACAUGCGGUUAUGUGUUGCCUUUUGCAGCUAUGGUAAUGGUGCAGUUCAUAGAUAUAGGUGCAGCAACUAUAAACAAAGCAGCCAUGUCCAAAGGAAUGAGCAGUUAUGUUUUAGUUGUGUACUCUAGUGCGCUUGCUACCAUUUUUCUCCUUCCUUGUUUCAUCUUACAAAAGAAGAUUUCACUUACUUUUUCAUUCCUUGGUGGACAAUUCCUUCUUGGCCUAAUUGGGAGUUCAAAUAUGCUAUUGGCAUAUACUGGCAUCAACUACAGCUCACCAACACUUGCUUCAGCUAUGGGAAACGUCAUUCCAAUCUUUACUUUCAUACUGGCAAUCAUUUUCAGGAUGGAAAAGCUGGAUUUGAGGAGGUCAAGCUGUCAAGCCAAAGUGUUAGGGACUAUUGUAUCAGUAUCUGGAGCAUUUAUAGUAAUUCUAUACAAGGGAUCAGUAAUCUUUUCACCAUCCAACUCUCCUGACCAGAACUUCAUGAUGACCUUGCAGCAGUCAAAGUGGGUCUUUGGAGGUCUUAUGCUUGCAAUGGCGAGCGUUUUGAAGGCAUCAUGGAAUAUUCUUCAGACAUCAAUUGUUAAGAACUAUCCAUCAAUGAUUACCGUACUCUUCUUCUACACCUUCUUUGUGACAAUUCAAUCCACAGUGUUCUCUCUAUUUUUGGAAAGAAAUCCAAAUGCUUGGGUACUUAGGCCUGACAUUGAGAUGAUCUCCAUUGUCUUCUCAGCUAUCUUCGGGAGUCUGUUCCAUAUUGGUGUUGAAACCUGGUGCUUGCACCAAAAGGGACCUAUCUUUGUAGCCAUGUUCAGGCCCUUGGGAGUUGCCAUUGCUGCAGUCAUGGUAGUUAUCUUCCUUGGCGACGCACUUCACCUUGGCAGUGUGAUUGGAUCUAUCAUUAUUGCAAUUGGGUUUUAUGCUAUGAUAUGGGCACAAAUCAAAGAAAAUAGCACCAACGGUAUAGCAAAUGAAGUCCAAAGCUUGGCAUCAUCCACUCAAAAGACCCCUCUUUUGCAAUGCAAAACCUCAGGAGAGGAUGUGUAAUUACAAAGAACUCAGAUUGUAACAUUUCAUUCAUGUAUUUCUCUGUAUUAGAUAAUUAACAGGAGCUAUAUAUAAUUAACUAAUCAUUAUUCUCCUCAUUUA